GCUGAUAGGACCCGGAGGGAGCCCGCUCCGGAACGGGAAGUGACCUGGCGCUGCGCGGGACGAUUCAGGCGCCGGCAGCGCUGGAGCUCAGAAACAUGUCUCAAGAAAGUGAGCAUGGGAGAUGGACGGUAUCCAGCAGUGAUGAAAGUACAGAAGAAAAUGAUGCUGAGAAGCCAUCUACAUCUUCUUUGUCUCUCAGUGGACAUGGCAAAACUAGUGGAUCACAGUACCCAUGUUCAGAGGCCAGAAAAGUUGGUCAAAAGAGAAAAGCCUCCCCUGUGAAAUUUAGUGAUAAAAGUUUUUCUACAGAGAUUUCACCAGCAAAAAUCCAGAGAACUUCCCAAGAAGGUUUAGGCUGGUGCCUUUCAAGUAGUGAUGAGGAACCUGAAUCUGAAGGUCAGCUGAAGCAUGCACAAAAGGAAGCAGUCAAAGUGGAGAAAUUCAGUGCACCUAAAAAGCAGCCUUCACAUAGAUGUGAAGAUAAUGAGCUCCCAGUGAGCCAAAAGCCAGAAAAACAUUAUAAGGUAGCAAGUGAAGGCCAGGACACUUGGGAUUUGUUGAAUGGAGGGAAUCCUUUCAGAUUCUUUGUCACUAAAGUCAAAGGUAUUAAGUCUAAAUACAACUCUGGAGCCCUUCACAUAAAAGAUAUUUUGUCUCCUCUCUUUGGGACUCUUGUAUCUUCUGCUCAGUUUAACUAUUGUAUAGAUGUGGAAUGGCUCAUAAGACAGUAUCCACAGGAAUUCAGGAAAAAACCAUUAUUAAUAGUACAUGGUGAAAAGCGAGAAUCCAAGGCUGAACUGCAUGCACAGGCACACCCAUAUGAAAAUGUCCGCCUUUGCCAGGCUAAGCUGGAUAUUGCCUUUGGAACCCACCACACGAAAAUGAUGUUGUUGUUAUAUGAAGAAGGUCUUCGAGUUGUGAUACACACAUCCAAUCUUAUUGAUGCUGAUUGGGACCAGAAAACUCAGGGAAUAUGGCUAAGCCCCCUAUAUCCAAGGCUGCCGCAUGGAACCACUGGUUCUGCUGGUGAAUCUGUAACCAAUUUUAAGUCUGACCUAAUACUCUAUCUGAUGACUUAUAAUUCCCCUACUCUCAAGGAAUGGGCUGACAUCAUCCAAGAGCAUGACCUUUCAGAGACAAGAGUAUAUCUGCUUGGAUCAACCCCGGGACGAUACCAAGGCAACCAAAAAGAAAAAUGGGGUCACUUUAGACUUAGAAAGCUUUUGAAAGAGUAUACAUCACCAAUACCAGCACAAGAAUCUUGGCCGGUGAUAGGACAGUUUUCAAGUAUUGGAUCAAUGGGAGCGGACCAGUCCAAAUGGUUGUGCUCAGAAUUUCAAGAGAGCCUGAUUACGCUAGGUGGUACUGUGAAGACUCUAGCAAAACCUGACAUUCCUAUUCAUUUGAUUUACCCUACUGUGGACAAUGUGAGGCAAAGUUUGGAAGGAUAUCCUGCUGGUGGCUCUCUUCCAUACAGUAUACAAACUGCACAGAAACAACUUUGGCUGCACUCUUAUUUCCACAAAUGGUCAGCAGAAACCUCAGGCCGCAGCCAUGCUAUGCCUCACAUUAAGACUUACAUGAGGCCAUCUCCUGACUUCCAGAAGAUUGCGUGGUUUUUAGUUACAAGUGCCAAUCUUUCCAAAGCUGCUUGGGGAGCUCUGGAGAAAAAUGGCACCCAACUGAUGAUACGUUCCUAUGAACUUGGUGUCCUUUUCCUGCCUUCAGCAUUUGGAUUGGAUACAGGUUACUUCCAUGUGAAGAAGAAAAUGUUUUCAGGAAGUAAUGAGCCAGUGACCUCUUUUCCUGUGCCUUAUGAUCUGCCCCCAGAGCAAUAUGGAAGCAAAGAUCGCCCAUGGAUCUGGAAUAUUCCUUAUACCAAAGCACCCGAUACACAUGGAAACAUGUGGGUUCCAUCAUAAAAGCUUCAAACCUACUGUGAGAUUUCAGCAUCUGACACAGCCUCCUACCAUAGCUGUGAGACUAAUUAUUUCUGAUUUUCAGAUGUGGAGUUGCGCACUGGAUAACUAGCUUCUUAUUAUGUCACGUCAAUAAUAUUGAGACAUUGUUUGGGGGAGGAGAGGAAGGGAGAAUCCUUGGAGAAUAUGUAACCAUAUUGAUCUUUAUGGAUUUUCUAAAAAUAUAACACUGUAAUUUUAAAAUACCGUUUUAUAUACUCUUCUUCUUGUAGUGCUCAUUGCAUUUUGGAAGGUGUUAAAAUGACAGUGUAAGCUAUGUUCAGAGGUUCCCACUGUUUUUAGCCAGAAUAUAUUCAAAUCUGUUAGUAUUCUUUUUGAUUGUUUUGGGGCCCCUCUUGAUCACAGGAAGAGAUUUGUAGUUACAUUUUGAAGUUAGAAAGUGAAUAAAAGGCAAUUUUGUUACAUUUUUCAUCAACAUGAAACCAACCCUUUGCUUUCACCUCUUUGGUAAUUUAUUGUCCUCUCCUUUGAGAGCUUAACAGAGUUCAAUUCAGUUCUUCCCCAUUUCUUCCUUCUCCAAAGCCCAAAUCCUGUCCAAAAAACUCAGUGCAAGUAGCUGGACUUGAGUGCCGGGGAGCUCCUUGCCCUUUCUAUUGUCUUGCUUCUCCUUCAUUAUUCUCAAAGUCAUUCUGUGAUGUAUUGUAAGCAAGACACAAGAAGUAAUUCUUCCUCUCUACUCCACACUGAUUAGGCCUCAACAGGAGUAUUUUGUCCAGUUCUGGACGCCAAACUUCAGGAAAGAUGUGGACAAAUUGGAGGAAGUCCAGAGAAGAGCAACAAAAAUGAUGAAAGGUCUAGAAAAUAUGACCUAUGAGGGAAGAUUGAAAAAAUUGGGUUUAUUUAGUCUGGAAAAGAGAAGAAUGAGAGGGGACAUAAGUUUUCAAGUACAUAAGAUUGUUACGAGGAGGCGGGAGAAAAAUUUUUCUCCUUAACCUCUGAGGAUAGGACACAAAGCAGAUGGGCUUACAUUGUAGCAAGGGUGGUUUAGGUUGGACAUUAAGAAAAACUUCCUCACUAUCAGGGUGAUUAAGCACUGAAAUAAAUUGCCCAGGGAGGUUGUGGAAUCUCCAUCAUUGGAGAUUUUUAAGAGCAGAUUAGACAAACGCUGUCAGAGAUGGUCUAGAUAAUACUUAUCCUGCCAUGAGUGCAGGGGACUGGACUAGAUGACCUCUCUAGAUCCCUUCCAGUCCUAUGAUUCUAUGUCCUGUCCUGUGGCGUCUGUAAGCUCCUUGGAGCCAUUAUGGUGCCCUCUCUGUGCUGUUUUGGAUGCCAAUGAAAAUAAUUUCAUUUAGGUGCAGGGGGAAGAACUGCACUGACCAGACUCCUUGAGAGGUGGCUACACAGUGGUGGGAAUAUCUUCUAUAAGCUAUGUCUAUACCACAAAAAUUGCCUGUUGCUGAUCAUCGCUGCUAGCAAUGGAUGCACUUGAACUGGUUCAGAUGCAGGCAUAGCCUGGGAGAAAGCAUGGUUAACACAUACUCAGAGCUGUUAGGAAUAAAAUAUGCUCAACUCCCAAUAGCUUUGAAGCACAUUCUCUGAAACUGCUCUGAGCACAGUUUGUCCUGGAUCUGCACUUGAGGUUGGGUACAGUUGUGCCCACUGCUGACAACCUGUUGUCAGCAAUGCGUAAUUCCUACAGUGCGAUCAUAGCUUUCGCUGCCACUCCCUUCUGCAUGACACCACAGAGUCUUUCACAGUUUUGUUCUCCACUGUGCACAAUGGAGAGAGGAAUGUAGGUGUUAAGAUCAAGGAUCUUGUCCCACAGAUCUAUUCUCCAGGGCCAAAUUGAAAGUCAGAGGGAUGCUCCAUUGUGCAUACAAGAUUUUGACCCUUUUUGAACUAGAAUUUGACCACUUAAAACUCAUUUAAUGUCCCUAAUAAACAUUUUCUAUGUAUCCUAUUCUGAGAGUUCUGCAACUAAACUACCCCCGAGCAAGGAGCAAUAUGUUUGUUGUGCUGCUCCUGGAGCAAGCUAAAAGACAGAUCAUGAUUCAAAGAGUCACAACCUGCCUUCCAGAUACCCCCUUGCUCUGAGGGGAAAGUACCAUGCGUCAAGUCCAUAAAUGGUAGAGGGUAAUUCUCCCCUGCCCUGGUACACAGGCAUAGCUAAAACAGACAAAAAUAUAGCAUCUGAAGUUGAAACAUUCCUACCCAAUUUGUAAUUUCUUAUUUCUACUUGCAGUCAAUUGAGAAAGAAUUAAAAAAUGGCACAAUCUGUCUCUAAGCUAAUUUUAUCUGUAUGUAUGCAGUGACUUGACACUUCCACUAUUGGGCCUUUGGAACUACAGAUAUGACUUCAGAGGGGUCAUUAUGUACUAAUGGCUUAUGACAUCCAAAAAGGAAAUGCAAAGUGACAGAUGGUGUAUAUUGCUGUAAUAACUCUGUCAUAUGAUUGUUUUCCAUCGUCUGUUCUUAACUAAAUACUGUCACUGAGUUAAUUACAUUCACUAUAUACCAAAAAGUAGGACUGGUUAACAUGGAAACAAACUAAUUUAUAUAAGUAGUUGAACUAUUGAUUUACAGAUAAAGAAGUUAUUAAAAUGGACUUUGAUCAGUGUCUGGCUUCAAUUUUAGUUCUGAAAAGUUAAUAAUAGAAGAGCAGGGUCUUUCCAUGGUAAGUCUCUGGUUUUAAAUAAGACCUUGAAUGUGUAGUUAUAGCCAGUAAACCAGUAUAUUAUUUUUUAAAAGCCACUUGUAUAUUCUAAGUCCUAUCUGCUUACAUUGCUGACUAGAUUGUUCUAAUUUAACUUAAACUACUGUUUUACUCCAGUUAGCCCUGCAGAGCCAACACAACUUUCAGUGAGUGAAUUGGAUUCUAGUCUGAUUCAUACAUCAACAGAAUUGUUGUCUAAGUUCCACAUGUUUAAUCUUUACUUCUUACAAAAUCAGUGCUAGAAAGAAUCCAGUUUCACUCUCAUAUUCCAUGUUGAGUUUGCAGAGAUGGAGGUCAGGAAAAAGUCUUGUAAAUAGAGCAGAUUUGCUCUGAAAAUCAUUGAGAUAUAAUAAACAAGAAAUCUUGCACAAAAAAACCACCGCCACCCAAAACAAAACCCCAAAAUGGUUACUUACCUGCUCUGUAGCUACUGUUCUUUGAGAUGUGUGUGCAGAUAUGUAUUACACUUAGGUGUGUUCAUGCCGAGUGUACCAGAGUCAGACUUUUUUCCCACAGCAGUAUCUGUUGGGAUAGCGCACGCACCCUACAUCCUCCUGGCCCCUCCAGAGGAAAUAUAAGGGUUGCCGCUGCCCCAACCCCCCUCAGUUCCUUCACAGCAGAGCAGAUGGUUUAAGACCCCAAUAGAGAGGGGACAGACGGCAGGUCAUGGAAUACGUAUUUGCACCCACAACUAGAAGAAAAACAGUUACAGAACAGGUAAGUAACUGUUUUUCUUGUUCGCAUUGUUGCAGGCAUGUAUUCCAUUCAGGUGACUCCCAAGCAGUACUGUGGGUUCAGAGCCUACUUGAAUAAUGAUUGAAAUAUGACUUUGCCAAAGUUCACAUGCAAUCUAGAGAUUGUUGAGACGACACAGUGAAAAGUAAAUGUAUUUACUGAGGACUCUACAGAUGUCCAGAAUGGGAACAUCCCUGAAGAAAGUAAUUGAUGCAGCCUGAGCCCUUGCAGAAUGGGCCAAGAGUCUUUGCAGAGGUGGAAUAUUGACUGCCCUGUAUGCUAUUGUAAUGCAAGAGGUUAUCCAAUGAGACAUUAUUUGUGCUGACGCUGCCUUGGCCCUUCAUGUGAUCUACAUAAGACACAAAAUGACAAGAAUACUGUCUGAAGGACUUGGUCCUAUCCAAGUUAAAAGCCAGUGCUCUCCUGACAUCUAACUUACAUGGACGUUCCUCAUCUCUGCUAAUUUGCAGUUUGGGGAAGAAGACCAGAGAAGUAUUGUCUGGUUUAAAUGAAAAGCUGACACAACUGUAGAUAAAAACUUCAGGUGUGGUCAUAAGGCUACUUUGUCUUUGAAGAGCGCUGUGUAAAGAGGACCUGCCUGUAACGCUGGCAGAUCAGGUGCCAGCUUAUGCCAAGGUCCCCAUGCCUAACUUGAAUACUGACAGACAAAUAGCUGGAAUCAGUCUUUUUCACCUGUGUGUUAGUAUUGUUAAAAUAGGUAUUAGAGUUAUAAACGUGUUUAGACUUUAUUGAAUGCUUGUAAAUUGCUGCAUGCAUUAAUCCCGCUUAUAACAUUUGUAUGCCAUAUUGUAAAGUAAUAUUUGAGCAUUUGCACUGGAAGCCUCCAUAACUAUAUAAAUAACCAGACAGGAGAGAGACAUUACUGUGAAAUGCUGUCCUCCAACAGAAGGUGUUAUGGCCUUCCCCAAAAGGAAGGCCCAUCGACCAGACAAACUGUUGAGAAACAUCAAAAAGGACAAAAGAUGUUGUUGUUUGCUCACCUCCCCCCGCAAUGAAGAGCAGAUGUGCAAGAGAAUUGUUCCCAUCAGCUGAGUUGGCAGUUUGAAGCAGAAUGGGGGAAGGGAGAAAACCCCCUAACAAGGAGGAACUGUAACUCUGUGCUGCUUGGACUCUUGAGGGCAAGGUUUUCUGGGCAUAAGCAAGAGAUCCCUGGUGUUUAGCCUGGGUUAGCCCUAAAGGACAUAUAAGGCUUGCUUAUUAUAGAAGCUGCUAUUACCUUUUGAAAUAUUCAACUCUGAAAUAUUCAACAGUGUGUUUUUUCUGUGGUAAAAUGCUGAUUCAUCAGAAUCAAAACAUUCCACAGGAAUGUAUCUAUUUUGAUUAAAUUUCAGCAGGAUCCUGCCUGGUUUCUUGCCAACUCAGCAGCCCAACUCCUCAGCAGUCAAGGUUGCAGCCUUGACUUUCGGGCCUUCCUAGGUUCCUGGCUCUUUUACAGCCCAGAAGCCCAGGGAGCCCCAGCUCCGAGGCUACCUGAGCUGGCCUGUUCCCUGCCUGGUAGGCUGACAGGGCCCUGGGCAACUUGGAAAUGUUUUGGAAAUGUCUAAAUGUCAUUUCAACGUUUUCUGAAUGAAAUUUUGGAAUUCCUAUUCCAUGGGAAAUUUUGGAAUUUCAUUUUUUGUUCCAUUUUGGAUUUUAUUUCAUAAUUUCCCACAGAAUGAGAAUUCCAGUUUCCAGACAGUUCUAAAUAUGGUUGGUAGAAAGGGGGUGCUGUAGCCUGGUCAGUCCAGUCUAAAAGUAGGGUGAGGUGCAGUGCAGGUUUCCACUCAGAGACACUGGUUUAGACCUGUCAUUUGGAAGGGGUAUGCACAGAGAGAUUGAGAGAGGGCAAAGGUACAGCUAAGCCUUGCAACAGAAGCUCUCUCUAGGUCAGGUUUAAGACACAUUGCUGGGUUUAUAUGGGGAACUCAGACUGUGCUUUCCCAUACUGUAUAUGCUCUGGGGAUGAUCUAUCUACUGCUGUCAACCCAACAUCUUUCCCCUAACUCUUAUAAAAAUGUCUUUUAAAAAAAAAAGGAAAUAAAGCUGUUUCUUUCUCCAGUUGUGGAGAAUUAUUA